UUGUGUUCGAUUUUACUCGAGUAGCUAUAAUAAUUGAUGCUCUUUGUUGUAGAAUAAUGAGUGAUACUACCGUCAAAGGUAAUAUGGCAGUCGUCUGGUGGAUAGUGAGUGCCGUAACAUCCGUGCUCAUUCUAAUUUAUCUGGCGUUCUUCUGGAAGAUCAAUUGGAUCAAGGAUUUGAGGGAAAAUGACGCGAAGAGAUCUUGGCUCAACAGGCGAUCAGGUGACGGUAAGAGUGGAGGUGGCUCGCGGAACAAGAACAGAAAAGUAGGUCACCUACCCCCGGUGUAUCCAAACGGAUGGUUCGCGCUGUUGGAAAGCUCGCAUUUGAAACGUGGCCAAGUCAAGCACAUCGCAGCUCUUGGACAGAACUUUGCAGUUUUUAGAACGCAAAAGGGAACUGUUAGUGUACUGGAUGCUUAUUGCCCACACCUAGGCGCCAACAUGGGAGAGGGUGGCAGAGUUCGAGGAGAGUGUCUCGAAUGUCCCUUUCACGGCUGGCUUUUCAGAGGAGCCGAUGGUCGAUGCCAGGAUAUACCGUACUCGGACAAAGUGCCCGAAUUCGCGAAAACCAAGGCGUGGGAUUGCUGCGAAGUCAACCAAUUGAUCUUCGUUUGGCAUCACGCAGAGAACGCAAAGCCAAGCUGGCGGCUGCAACCUCUCGGAAAAAUAUCUGAUGGGAGCUGGCGUUACCACGGAAGAAACGAGUUUAUUGUCAACAGUCACAUACAGGAAAUACCAGAAAACGGAGCGGACUGGGCUCACCUCAGCGCAGUUCACGGUCCUUCGAUUCUACUAAGCGAACGUGUACCGUGGCUUGCACGUCACAGUUGGACGGCGGCGGAAUGGACGUCGUAUGUACCGCCGUCGCAGGAGCAAACGAUACCAAAAGCCGAAGAAGCAGGGACGACCGAGGUUGAAAAGGAAUGCGGGGCUGGUAUCGAUAAUGUACCGGAACGCGAGCCCAGAAUAUCGGAAGAAAAUGUAGCAGGAACGGGGGAGUUCGAAAACGGUGGUGGCAAGAUUAGCAAAGAUAAAACGCCGAUGAGCAACAAGUCGCACAAGGCGAUAAUGCGGUUACGUCACAGCUUGAUCCUCCUCGAACGCAUCGCAAUCCUGCAGCUCGACGUUCGAGCCGAGCAGAUAGGACCCGGUUACGUGGAACUGCUCGUGCAAAGCAGCAUGGGGCCGAUGUGUAUUCUGCAAACGGUCACGCCACUCGAGCCCCUGCUGCAACGCGUCAUACAUUUAAUGUUCGCACCCCCCCUGCUUGCGCCGCUCGCUACUCUGGUACUAUUUGGUGAAAGCGUCAUGUUUGAGCGGGAUGUUGCCGUCUGGAAUCACAAGCGUUUCGAGCAGAGGCCCCUUUUGGUUCGUGAGGAUCGAUCGAUCCUUGCCUACCGCCGGUGGUACGCGCAGUUCUAUUCACCCCACAGUCCUACCUAUCAGUCCACGACGCGGUCGCUGCAAUGGUAAGACGUCGAUAGUGAUUUUUCAUUUUUCGAAUCACACACAUAUUACACACGUUGUCGACAAUCAUUUUUUGUCUAUCAACAU